CGGUAUCCCCUGCCACCCCCGUGUGUGUGUAAUGGUACAGCCCGGUGGUUGAACUAUUUUGCGGGAACCUGUUUCAAUGGAAGCAACGGGUUUUUUUUCAAAACAAGCCUAGUUUUUCACCCUCCGUCGUUCCUAAUAAGAGUGGGACUUCCUGCAUCAUUAUUCUUUGGAAGCCAAAAAGGACAAAGGAGCCAAGGAGCUCACAGACCCACCAGGAGAGACUCAGAAAGCUUCCUCUGUUGAUCCAAUGGAUUCUCCUGACCUGUCUGGUAUAGACAAAACUAGCUUCCUGCAGGGACUGCAGCUAAAUGAUGGUAACCCUCUGCAUAGUACCGCUGUGGAAGAAGAUUUAAAUGAUGUGGAGGAGAAAGAAAUGGACAGAAAAAGAACAGAAAGAAAGGACAUUCCUAAGACACUGAAGGCCACUAACAAACAGCGUGGGGCUGCUGUGAAGAAGAAGAAGAAGAAGGACACAGAGGAGGGUGAGGAGGAGGAGGAGGAGAAAAAGAAGAAGAAGAUUAAUAGGAGAAGUACUGGAGAGAAGAUCAAAACCAGGCCAGGGAAAAAUCAGCAAAUGAUGAAGGACAAGAAGAGAAAGAGUGAAUCAGGGAAUGGAAAGACCAGUGACAGUCAGUCACAGGAGGAAUCAGACUCUGGCACAGUCCAACAGAACCGUAGGAGAGUCCUGUCGUCUGAUGAGGAGAUAGACGAAGACACCAGCUGGAACCCAAGUCCAAAAAAGGCCAGGAUGUAUAGUUUGGGCAGAAGUAGAAAGUCUUCGCUUGGCAGAUCCAAACCCAGAAAGUCUUCAUCAGGAAGUGCAUCUGGGGGAACUGAAACAGCCAGCAGUGAUAAACAGAAGAGAACGAGACAUCAGGGAGGAACAGAUCUAGACGUGGUGCUGGAUGCCUUUCUGGAUUUUUGUGACCAGUACAGUGAGACUGUGGAGUCUAAAGCAGUCAAAAAGGCCAUUCAUUGUUUCUCCGACAAUGUCAAAGACCAACUUGUGGAAAAGAUCUCCUCUUGUAAAGAGCUCCGCAUCCUCAAAAGAGAAAAUGCAAAGGUGGGUUCUUCUAUCCGUACAAAAACACAGAAACUGCUGAAUGCCAAGCAUGAGCUGAUGAGGGCAGAGAGGCAGCUGUGGUUGCUGCAGAAGGAGAAAGCAGAACUUAAACUCCGAUUAGCUGAUCUGAGACGAGGCCAGGCCUUCCUCCACGACAUCGGAGAGCUCAACAGACAAUACCUGGACCACCGACGCAAACACCCCAAUGAGAAGGAGACGUAUGGUGCUUCCAGCUUACCGGCUCUGCUGUUGGAGACAAAGUUCAUACAUGGAACAGAGACCAGACAGAGAGGAGUCAACGAAAGACCGGAAAAAAGACAGAAACAAAAUGUGACUGACAAAUAAUGUCUAAAGUUUAAACCUCUUGAAGACUAAAUAUGAUGAGCAGUGUUGAAGCUGCUGGAAACUGUGUCGGGGGUUGGGGUUUUUGUACACCAUAACUGUAAAAUGUGGAUCAUUUCUUGCUGCAUGCAACACUAUAUGUAUAUCAAAAUAAACCAACAAUAGCAGCA